AUGCCUACAAAGUCCCUGACUUGGAUCGGCACCAGGUGGCGGGAGCGCCGAGGUUCUCUUUUUCCGUGUGCACAACCUCCUGCUCGCAGGUUCGCGUCCCCCGGCGCGGGGCAGUCCCUCGCCGGGCCGCCUACCCGGUCCCCGGCUCCCCGCGGAGGAAAUUCUUCCCUAGCAGCCCAAGGCUCGCCUCACGUGAUCAGCCGCCGCCGCGGCUUCCAGCGAGAGUUUAAAGGGAGGGAGACUCGCUCGCACACCGACGGAGGGAGAAGAGACCGAGGGGGAGAGCGGGCGGGCGGCGAGCGAGCGGCAGCCGAGAGUGGGGACGCGGGGAGCGCGGCCGGCGGGCGCCGGCGCCCGGGAGGUGGGGCCGCGCCGAGUCGCAGUCCCGGCCCCGCCGCCGCCGCGCUGCGCACCGCCCGGUGCCGGCCUGCGCCCCGAGCCCGAGCGGCGGCCACCCCGACUCCCCAGCUCGCGCGGAUGAGCCCGGCGAGGAAAUACAUGCACUCGCCGAGAAUCGCCCGCGCUAGGGCGCAACGCUACAAGGUGUAG